GAGCCAGCGGGAGGUGGGAGGUCCUGUUGCGCACACAGUCUCUCGAUGUAAACAAACCCUGUAUUUCAUGUCCCAAGUCGCGAGAUGACAACUACAGAUGAAACAGUGCCUUCGGAUGAGGAAGGGGUAGAGGCCCUCGAAGCUGAACAUGUCUACAUCUUAAUGAAAAAAGAGUAUCGGAUAUCCCGAAAUGUUCGUGCCGAGUGGUAUUUGCAGCGAAUAAAUUCUGUGAUAACAGUGCCAAGAAGGGAGAAAUUAAGUGAAUGUGAGGAGGAGCUUGAAGUUGUAUCCGUGAUUCCUUUGGAUGUGCCCCGAGAAUGGGACUACGACACAUCACAUUUGUACAAGUACCGCAUCACUCAACGAACUACCCUGCACUUCCUCUCAAGAAAAUACAGGCUUGUGUUCUGCCUGGAUCUCUCUCCAUCCACAUCAAUUGUGGAUGUGACAAAGGGCAGUGUUGUUCUGGAUGAAGUGUUUUCCACCUUGAAGCAAUGUCUGAAGGGCAUUGUGCGACCGUUUUAUGUGCCAGGAAGUCAGUUACUGUUCCAGCCAAAGGUUUACUUGACCAUCAUAGCACACACUCCAUUUUUUAAGUCCCAGUCACAGCAGGUUCUGGUGCAGGGUUGGCUUCUGAUGCUACACAACCUAGAUGCCUUCCUUGAGAGCAUACAUGCAAAACUCACGAUGCUGGAAUCGCAGCUGGCUGAGGCCACUGCACAGACAUAUGACCAAAUGGAUAUUGCUCGGGAUAGGUCCCAGCUGGCGAGAGAAAAGGUCACAGGGAUGCUUUUUGAUGAGACUGUUGACUUGGGCCCCACAACAGUCACCAAUCCCAUGGUAUCGCCUGACAUUGGUUUUGUCAACAUGCUGCGAUAUGGUAUUGUUGCUCUCCAACUGCUACCAGAGAACAGUAGUGCAGGUAUUGUUGUGAUCACAGACGGUGUCAUUAGCCUACCAGAUGCAACCAUGUUCGACAUCCUACUAGUCCAGUUGAGAAACCAGACGAUUGCAUGCAGUUUUCUCCAGCUUGGUUCUGUCUACCAUCCUCAGGCAUCUCUGGGAUAUGUGCCUUUCUCCGACCUUAUGCACUUCCUGGCAACAGCGACUUGUGGUGCUUACUUGGAUACCCUGCCUCCAAUUGAAGAUGAUUAUGUGUACCAUAUGAAUGACUACCACAAGGCAUUAUUAUCAUGGGGCUUCCAGAAGUUCAUGAAUGGACUUUCACCUGAUAAUGGAUAUUAUGGAAAUAAUAGGUUUUUCAAUUUGCAACCAAUAGCUCAGGAGGCGACAGAACUUAUCAGGAAGAAAGAAAGAGACACACAGCUGAACACAUCCCUCAAUGCUGUUCUCUCGUGCCGUUUGAGGGAAGGUUAUGCAAUCAAGCAAGUGAACAUAGCUGAUGAUCAGAUACAGCUGAUCCUAGUUCUGCCCUGGAAAUACUCAAUUUUCAUAGAAUAUCAUAUAAGAGCAGCUUGGCCACCGACCCAGUCCACUGUCUAUACAGAAGUAUGGAUUGAGGCUACAUACCAGUUCUUGAAUGAUGUAACCAACGACAUAAACAGGCAGUUUCGAUCCAAGUACAGGCAGCGCAUGGUUGCCAAGUAUUGGACUACCCUACAGCACCUUCGAGAAACUGAUAUGCUGUUAGUGGGGCUCCAGUCCUUUGCAUCUAGUCCUACAUUUUACACCAUACCAGACUGUGUGAAAAAUGGGUACCCAGUCUUCGAUCUGAACCCUGGUAACAACAACCCCAUCUCAGCUGCAGCUAGUGACCAGUUUCCCCAAUUUACAAACUUCUGGAAGCCAGUGUGUAUGCUUGAUAUCAAUAUCUGGCAGAAGUGGAUGCACACUCACCGCAUAGGAGUUAUUGUAGAGCACGACCAUCCAUUACCCAAGAACCUCCAUGUCCUCCAUGUCACUAGCACCAGUGGGAGGUAUGGGAUGGUACAGUGUCGUCAAGGGGAGCUGGCUCUCACUACACUACUUGCCAAAUGGUGUGACUUUGUACUGAUUGAGAACCAUUCCUACAUAAAAUUCUUGUACAAGGAUGAUGAUCGAGAGAAGCCACCCAUGUCUUUCUUUGUGGUUCGCAUAACAUCGAAACCUCCCCCUUGUCUUGUUAUUUGGCUGGCUUUCCUUGGAGGAACGGCUGGUCACCUCAGGAAUCAGACUGUAGGACAACUUACCAAGAAAAUCCAAGAGUUGACCUAUCCUUCUCGUAUGGGUUUUACAGACAGGAGCAAGUCUCUUACUCCUGUCCCACAGCAGGAUAAGGAUAAUGAAUGUGGGGCGUCAGCCAUGACGGCCUCAGCAGAGCUGAGACCUGUUGGAGUGCGUCCCCCUCUAACUCGAGUGGCGUCAAACAUCCCUUGUGUGGUCAUCACACACAAGCCGAUUGAGAAAAUCCUAAUAUGGUAUGAGAAGAUGCCAGGCAACCUGCUUAGUAGCAUUGUGCAAGAAACUCCUAUCAGUCCUUCCACCAAGUCAAUCUAUGCAAAACUGGGUACCACAAAGUCAGCCACGAACAACAUGGCUCUCCUGUCUCGCUACCUCCACCACAGGAGAUGGAUUUGGUCAGUGCAGGCACCAAAUGCACCGUCAGUCUCGCUUAAUGCCGUGGCGAGAGUUCUGCAUACCCUCACCAGAAUAAGGCUGCAGGAAGGCUUCAAGUUCGCACAUUCUUGCAAUGGAAUCAUCACUAUGGUUCGGGAAUUUGACAUGAAAUUGGAACUUCGUGAGGGUGAAGAUGAGGGUUUGUUAGAGUCCACUGAGGAGGGCAGACAGGAGACCUUCCCUUGUGUGGCGCAGUAUGUCAUUUUCCCGCCACAUGUCACCAACAGCUCUAGGGACAGCAUUGUAGAUGAAGACUGGGAAGAAGGAGACAGUGUAGAAGCAGAUGGAGAGUUGCAGGUUGUGACUGAGUGUUGGGUGGAGCCUCAAAAUGGGGCGGUUACAACACCCUCACCUCAUGCCUCCCAUUACCACAACUGCAACUAUCGACAGCUUGCUCAGGCAUUCUAUCCAGUGGACCAGGAAUGUAUUUGGGGUCUGCUGACUCUGGAACAGCUGCUGCUAAUGUGCCAGAGUGCACCACUGCCUGCUGGCCCGGGACUUACAGAACUGCGACCUCCCCUGACAGAGGCCAGCCAGGACCUCCAACCUAGGAUCUCACAAGUGCCAUUCACAUUUGAUCUUAUUAGGCUCCUGCCCAAGUGUCAGCAAGUGGAACUGCUUGUGUCAACUUACGUACAAGAUUUGUUCACAAGUCUCAUAAAAAGAGUUACUUUUGGAGGUGAGACUUCUGGCAUUGAUGAAGCUAACCAGAUAGCCUAUUCUCUGUUGCUGGAACACUUGAGCCAGCUGCACCACGAUCGAGAGUUCCACCUGAGCACAGCAGACUUACAAGCCUUGCCCAAGAUGCUCCGGGAUCGCCAGCGAUCUCAUAAUGCCCAGCCAUCACCUUUUAUCAAUACCAGUGUUGGUAGAAUGAGUGACCCUCCAAAAUGGCGUUGCUUCCUGAAGGGAGUUUCUAAUAACCACCUUCUGAUAACUCUGCUUCCUGCUUCCUAUCAUGACCUUAAGCUCCUGCUUGUGAAACGGGCAAAUAUUUCUGAUGCCACAAAUAAAGCUAUUAGACUUAUUCCUGGCACAGAGAACAUUUUAGACUUGGACACAGAGACAAACACUACUGAUCAGCCACAGGGGGGAGUGACAUCAGAACAGCAAGUGUCCUUAGAGAGCAGCAACUCCUCCUUGACACAUCUAACAUCCCCAAGCCUUCCACCUCCAACCCCUACAAGCAGUCGGUCAUCAACCAUGUUUAUGGAGAGUGGAGACAACAUCACCCCAAGGGUCAGGUACCGUUCAGGACCAGUUCCUCCCACACACUCCCAGCCAGUACAGCAAAUCAUCUCAGACUCAAUACGUGAACGAGCCAGUUCAUUCCAUGUAAGCAGGGAUCGAUGUAGUUCCUUUGGUCAGAGUGAGUCAGUGGCUGAGAGGAACAGAACUGGAUCCAUUGACUCACCCACUAAAGAGCCACAGUGUGAUCCUCCCCCGGUGGCUUCACCCACAGACCAUGGUAGGAAAAUAUACAUAUCCAUGCCAUCAAAGUCGCACUCGGGUGUCUUUGAUACAUCGAGCAAAAGCAUGUCGACGGAGGCCAUAAGAAGCGAUGAUAGUUGCCUUCCUCUACACCUCCGAGGCCAAGGGACUGUAAAUGAAUGUGAGGGUAUCUGCAGAGUCCCUAGUGCUGAUGAGAGCACGAGCGCCGUGCCAGCAUCACCUUGUCACAAGCCAAUAUUUGGUGCAGUUAUGCUUCCCAUCUACAUCUAUGACUGCAAGUUGAGUAGUAUUACCACACAGCUUGUCAACAGAGAGGAGCGCUGCAAUGUGGUUGGCAAGGACAUCUAUGUUGAUUCCACAUUUAAAUUGGAAUCGGAUGUGGUAGAGGACACUGUGCCUCUAAAGGACGAACCCCUGCCUGCUUCUCUCACCAUCCAGGAGGACCUCAAGCAGCCAAGUCCAGAACCACGAUCCGAGGAGUCUGAUGUUGGAGGUACUGAUUCAAGCUGUCUCCGGGCCCAUAUGGAGGCAAUAGAAGUAUGUCACCUUCGAAGUUUUGUUCUUGGUGUUUUCCAAGCGCUUCAGAAAGACCUUAUUGUCCAUUCACAUGACGUGCAAGCUGCUCUCGAUCACUGCCAUGAAUCAGUCAUGGAAAUUGAAAUUACUCACUUUCUUCAAACUAUAUGUGGGCAUCUUCGAGACUUCCGUCUGCGCAUGAAUUUGGAGCAGAUGCAUCAGUGUCGGCCUGAAUCAGUUUUAGUAUCAGAAGCAGAUGAUGCAAAUCAGUCUAGUAAUGUGAAGGACAUGAAGAAGGAGAGCCAAGAUCCACCAUUUUCACCUGUGCCAUCGAGUACGAAAAUUAGCAGUGGCAGCAGUCGCAGCAAUAAAUUCCCCCUCUCCCUUUUGAAGCUCCACCUUCCAUGCCGUGACUUGCAGCAACUCCAUACGAGCAUUAAAGAGAGAUUCACAACCAUUCUUCAGGGUUCCUUCCGGCCAGUCCCGUCACUCCCAGAGUAUUAUUAUUUUUCUCCUCGCACUCUUCAUCACUCAAGUGAGGGAACACCAGUUGGGGAGUUCAUCUAUGUCUCUGGCCAGGACCUUGAACACUGGGACCAGGCUCAGCUUGACCUGACGAAGCAUCGAAAAUUGCGAAGAGUAUCUGUCAGCAAGAAGUCGGAUGUAUUUACUGAAGGCGAAGAGGAACUGGAAGAUGAGACAACUGUAAAUGGUGCAGAGGAAGACGACGAUGAUGAUGAUGAUGAAGUUGGGGAAGAGGAAGAAGACCACGACAAGAGCAUAGAGUUUAGAUCAGAAGUAGGAAGCAGCGUUUAUCGCCGUCUGCACAGCCAGUUGACAGCUUUUGAGGGUGAUGAAGAUAAGACCUCUGUCAUUAGCGAGCGAGAUGAGGACCUGAGCACAGUGCCAGACCACAUGGAUCUGGGCGACGGGCCAAUACCACCUCUCUUUCUUCACCUUACCUGCACAGUGUAUCUGGCGGGUCAUGUCCAGUCUACCAUCUCGGUUAAAUGUCUCCCAACAUGCUUAGAUGAAGUUGUCCGCUGCCUGGGUAGCAGUGAAGUGGAUUUAUCAUCAGUGACCAUGACCUUGGAUGUGCUCUGUAUGACUCUUCCCCCUGCCCUAGCGACCACAGACACAAGUGAAACUGUUGCAUCGUUACUGGAUCUGAGGUCCAAUCGCACCACCAGCUUCUGCUCAACGGCUUCACCACAACUAAGGAGAGGAAGAACGAUAUCGGAAUCAACCUGCGCAUCCAUGACCGAUGUAGAUGAGUCGUAUAUUGAAGAUGAGGAUCAACUUGCACACCUGCCAAACAGCCAGUAUCAGGCCAUUGUAACAACAGUAGAUGAGAUUAAAUGGCUGCUCCGUGAUGAAAUAGCAUCAUCUAUGUUGCAUAGUUAUCCACUCACAGAGCAGAUGCUGGACAUGGUGGCGGCACAUGUUGAGAGCUCACAGAAGCCUAGAAACUGCAUAUCAGAAUCAAUUGCCUUGAACUUUGUGUGUGGUAUGGAGCAGAGCAAGGAUAAGUUCAUGCAGGAAUUUGGAAGACUGAGUGUUAAUGGUCACCACCUACAGCAGGAAGGAACUCUGUAUUACUUAGUUCAAGACAAGACACAAAUAAGAAGGCGGCACUUCUCAUCUUUGGUGCCACCUCUAGGCUUCAAGAAUCAGUUUCUCAUUGUGAGACCACAUCCUCAUGCAGAUGACACAGCUCAGUUGAGGCAAAUGGAGAAUGUAUGUCAGAUGAAUAAAGUCAGUCUGUCAUCACCAGAUGUGCUCAAAAGUCCUCCAACCAAAAUGCAGGCAGCAAAAGUUUCAUUUGAUACUGAAUCACUUUUAGGGGAAGGUGAAAGCAGUUUACGAGCAGACGGGUCAGAGAAAGAGAAAUGGGUUCGGCGGAGAGAGAGGAAGGAGAGAAGAGACUCAGAAAGAAGGGGAUCCGUUAACUCUUCAGACUCAGACUCAGAUGAUAACCACAUGAGAGGUAAUUUUUCACGAGAAUCUUCACACCAGCCAUCUGAUAUAAGAGUCCGUUCCUAUGAGUCUCCAAAGAAGAGUAUUAUCCUACCUGCUGAUUUAUCGGUAUCCAAAUUAGAAGAAGUUAUAAGUAAAGAUAAGGAGGUCCCUGGCAAGCAACCAGAGAGCACAGCUGUAGCGAUCACAGAGACCAGAACUGUAAAACGGCAGGAUGCUUUACCAUCGGAAGAUUCAGAAUAUUCGCUCCCACAGCAGAAAGAUAAGGAAACAGGAGAGGAAAUCAACAUUUAUAGCAUGGAUAAUGCACCUUUGGAAGAGCAAACUGCUAGUUCACUUAGCAUGCCAAAAGACACUCAGAUUUCAGACUUAGCUGGUCUCUCUGAGGAAACAGCAAAGCCAAUAGUAAUAAGUGACCUAAUUGAAGUUAAAGGUGAAGCCCCCAAAGAGGAGGUUAGCGAGUCCCUCAAGGAAAUUUCCAAAUCAGAAGGUGGCGGUCAAUCAAAUACAGAAUUAUGUAGCGAAACCAAGAUGGCAAGUGAAGAAGCAGUUGCACAUGAAGUAUUAGGGAGGUCCAACAGUAUGGUUUCUCAAGACACUACAUCUGCAGCUACUGAGAAGCCAUUCAAAGACGGAGCUCAUCGACUGUCCUUGCCUCUCAACGAGCUUAUUAGGUGUGGUUCCGAAAGCAUUCCCCGGCCUCAGGCAUCGGCAGAAGUGAUUCGAAAAUCUGCAAGCACAGAUAACUUUGUCCCAAAUGUGACGGAGGCAGCAGUGGAACAGCUGAGAGGCUCAUCAAACAGUGUGAUGAAUACCAGUGGAAGUAGCUGUGGUUUGUGGGCAGAGCUGUUCAAAAGUCGCCACAAUUCUGCAGAGCUUAUGAAAAGUCGGCAUAAUUCAGGGGCAAGUGCAGAUCUACUGAAAAGCAGGCACAGCUCAGGAGCUGGAGGUGAGCUUAUGAAAAGCCGCCACAACUCAGGGACUGGCUCUGUUCCUGGUGGUCAUUAUUCUGACGUAUCAAGUCUGCUGGAGUCUGGACAGACAACAGAGGAUGGGUGUGAGGGAGACAUAAGUGAUUCUGACAAUGACUGCUGUGACUGGCUACAGGACUUUGAGUCAGUGAGGCCUUUCCUGCCGGAGUUUUGGCUGAUCUUAAGGGUUUCCAAAGACAGAGUGGAUACAUUUUUCCAUUGCAGGACCGAGGCAGAGAUGGCUCGUUGGCGUGGUGUUCAAGCAGAAGUUGUGCGAAGUGUUCGGAAUCUUGUUAAGAUUGUCAACCAGACAUUGUUGCUACAAGAUCUGCAUAAUACGCGCAUGUGUAACCGUCUCCUUGAACCAGAAACAUGUGAUGAUAUCUGGCGGCAUGAAGAAUCAAAGGGGCGGGGGAUAGAUGAUGGAGAUCCUGACACUCGAGGUUAUCUAGAAGCAGCUCUAAAGUUUAAAGCAGGAGCAUUUGCUUGUCAAGUAGUUUGGGAAACCCAUUUUGAACUGCAUCCAAAAGUGAAGUUGGGUGCUGGGAAGGUCUGCAGCAAAGGUAUUCAAGCCCUCCGGACUAUCCUCAACCCAUUCUCAGUCAACAACCGCAAGAAUAUGUUUGUGUACGAGGACAGUUCAGGGAAUGGAUCAAAUGUCUUCUACUUAAGACUGAAUGAACAGCAAUCUGUAUCAGUCUCGCCUCAAGUGGACGGCCGACGGGAUGACUGUGGCUUGUCCCGUAGUUCAUCUGCUGUGUCCCUUGGGAAACGAGGCAGCCGGGAGGAUGACUCAUUAAGCCUCAAGAAUGUGGGCACAUCUCAGCCAUAUGAACUGCGUCCACGUGUGAGCUCAUUUGGAGAGAAAGAUGUGAUCAUGGAGGGUGUCCCGUCCACUCCUGCUCAGCGCAAACGCAACCACUACAUAGUUCUGACAGUGCAUGGCAUUGCGGAGCCAGGCCCUGCAAUCAAGGAGGAACUGGUGCGGAUGCUGCAGAACCGCCUGGAUGAGGCCGUGGUGGAGGCCAUCUGCAUCAUGCUGUGGAGCAACCCUCAGCACAAACUUACACCGGAAGACGUUCAUUUUAUACAGCCUCCCUAUCAGCCACCAAAGACAGUGCUGAGGUUUACUGUCAGUGCUAAUGCUCUUCCUUACCUGCAAGCUGUUGGUUACUAUCUGCGGCAGAAUAUGUUGUCCUGCAGCUUCAUUCAUCCCAAAUUUGCAGAUAAUCGGCCAGAGCAUCAUUUUCAGGACUUUUCAGCAACAGACCAAGAGAUGUCUAGUGAACCCAACAUCUUCCUCUUUGUGAGACCAAGAAUGUCAGCUGCAAAGGGCAUAGCUUGUAUAGCUUUCUCCAUUGUUGAUGGGAGCAGCAACACCGUACAGCACAUCAGCUGUCCCAGACCUUCCCCAGAUGCCUAUCAAGAAAUCUUUUCAAAGCAUGAUUUUGAAGCUUUAACUCAGACCCAAGAAUAUCAACCCAGUCCAACUAAGAGUCCAGGGCCGAUGGCGAUGCUCCAGUUCAAAGUCUGGGAAUCAGGGCGAGUGGACCUUGAUGAAAUACGCAGGUACUUGGUGGACUCGAUUUGUCAUGCACUUUGGGAUGUGAACACCGAGUACCGACUCCUGACAGCUCCCAUCAUGCCAACUCAGGCUCCGCAGAUGCAUGGGACGCCAGCUUCGGAACCGACAACCCCAAAGAAAGAUACUCAUGGUGAAGCACUGCGCUCAGUGAGCUUGCUGGAAACAGGGGCGCAUCCAGUGGAGGAUCGCAUGAGGUCAAUCUCUAUCUCUGGAGUGCCCCCACAUGUUUGUCUCCCUCGCAUGGCAAACAGGAUGGGGAGUAAAAAAAUAGCUCGUCCAACUGAGAGCCACGGGGAGAGCCAGAAGGAGAGAGCCCCAUCGCCUCUCACAUUAGUUCAGGCCAGACUGCGCCUCAUGUCUAACUCUGUGCCUGACCUGAAGUUACGAGGUCGCAGGGCAUCAUUACAGUCUCCCUGGGACAACACUUCUGGGAGCGAAGGGACACCCAGCACUGGUCAUUCUCCCCUAAAGCUGCGACAUUCAGUUGAUUUUGGGGUUGAGCGCGGAAGAUUGCUCAGCCAGGAGGGACGAGAGAAUCAGCCGUGGGAACAGAAUGUUUCCAACACCCUGCAUCCAGUAUUCUCAGGCAUAAUGAUUGACUGGCUGGAAUAUGCUCACGAACUGGCGGAGAAAGGGGAACACGCAGCUCGAAGGGAACUGGUUGAAAAGGGCGAACAUGUCGUGCGGAAGGAGUUGGUAGAAAAGGGAGGAGGAGAGCAUGCUGUUCGGAAACAUACCGUUACUAUUACAACCAGACAUGCAGUUCCCAUUUUUAUAACAGAACUACAGAAAUGGGUGUCACAAAAUUCAAGUGACACAACCACAAAAAUCUUUGAAGAAUCCGUGAAAGAUGGAGAGCCUCCAGUUUACAACUUAGUAGAGUUUAAUAAGGUCCCACAGAUUCUAAAGUCUGACUCAGGCACGGGGUAUGAACAUAAUAACCUGAUUGUCAUUGGCCGCAACAAUCAGCAGUGGUGGGCAACACUUUCAGAAGACAGUUUCAAUGAUUAUUAUGUGUCAACAGUGAAAGGUAGUAAAAACAGUCAGAGAUACCCCCCGCUGGUCUUCUGGCCCAGGGGCAGGUAUGCCAGUGGUGGUGAAUCAAGUUUUACCAAGCUGGAAAGUUCAGCCAGUGGUCUUAGUACACCUGGCACAGCCCCGCCAACAGUGCCAUCGUCAUCCAUACCAACAAGUACUGUGGCAUCAUCUACCAUACCCAUAUCCGUUCCUGUGACUGUGCCUUCCACGCCUACCAGCCUUCCAUCAGCUGCUGGUUCACUGUGGACCUGUGAAACAACAGACUCACUCUUCAUUCCUCGGCAAAAGCUACUUUUGGCUACACUCUUUGGGCAAGAGCUUGUGAUCUACACUUACAACUGGACAAAAGAUCAGUGUGAAUCUUUGCACACAGCGAUGACUCAGCUGGCACAUUGGUCCAAUGCUCGCACACGUUUACUCUCUUCUGUCGUCCUCCAAAAGAUUGGUUUAUUUCACAACCAACCUUUCAUUCGGAAGGCACAAGACAAGAAGAAAGAGGAUAACCCAUAUGUUGGCUCCCAGGGACAUGUGGAAGCUCUGAUAAAGUACCAGGCUCCAGGAAGAGACAUGCUUGCAGCAACUGAGAGGGGCAACAGGAGGGUGCAGGUGAUAUCAAUGCCAAACUUGGGUGAUGUGUACAGAGACAGUAGACCCCCUCGUCCACUGAAGAACUCACACUUUGGAAACUUCAAAGACUUGGAACUUCGUCAUGGCACACAGCUGAUAGAGAUAAGACGCCUAAAUGUGCAGAAAGAAAAUCAGCGGAAAGUACUGUUGCAGACCAUGGUUCAGGCACCAGGACAUUCAAGUCCAGUUUUCAAUGACAAGAUAUUAGCUCUCUAUAAGCAGACUGCACGCAUUGCUCAUGUUUGUUAUACACCUCUGCUUUUCCUGCCAAGGUGGCGCUGGCAGGUGGCAGCUACUCGAGAUCACAGCCUGGCAGAUCCGCAAGCUUCCUGUGAUAGAGUUCUGCCUCUUGGAAGCAAAACUCCAGAACCAAGAUCUCGCCAUGACUCGGGUAACUCCAUGAAGAGUGCCUCUGGUGCUGGGCCAACGGACCUGCGCCGUUCUUUGUCUCUGAAAUCAAAUGUUUCCAGCCCUGGGCAGCGGCGACGUAAUGUCACCGGUGGAGAUGACAAAUGGCAUGGUGCUCUGUGCUCUAGCUAUCUGAAGGAGUAUAUACAAUACCUACAGAGUUUAGGGUUUUUGACACUGAAUGUUGCACAUGCCCCACAGCAGAAAGGACGUAGUGGUGGAAGGGAAACAGAGGACAAGGUUUUCCGCACAAAGGGAGUUCGUUUCAGUGAACAGAUAACAGCUGAGCCAAGUUAUUUGCUGAAAAAUGUCCUUGGAGGAACACUUCUGCUGGAGAUUGCUUUUUGUGAGCCAUAUUUCUCAACCAAGCUUUACGUCCUGGAGUCUACUAGAUUACAAGGGAAGAAAUUCACAAGUCUUUCCUCUCAAGUUUAUUUUCAUUAUAUGAAGAAAGAAGGAUUAUCAGGGAUAGUGGUGAGAGGUCCACCCACAGCCCUGCAGCCCUCACCACGGUCCUCUGCGACACUUAUCUUUCCUGAGGGGUGCCCUCCUGACCUGAUAGAGGACAAAUUUGCCAUCAAUUUCUUCCUGGAUGAAGUGGACAACGUGAAGGUGUUGUUGCACAUGCAUUCCUUCACCUACGACUUUCACCUGCGGGCUGUGUGUGCCUAUGUUGCAGACCGCCAGCUCCUGUUCACACCAGGAUACCAUUUGUCUUCCUUUCUCUCCGAUUUCAUUAAGUAUUACAACAAAGGACCAAACUUUGCAAGAAACCUCAUAUAUUCAGGUGAAUUGACCGUUGAGGACACUGGCUCUCCAGGUGAACAGUUGUAUAAUUAUCUCUUGGCUCGUGAGAAGCAGUACAAGAUGAGAGUCCUGCGAAUGACACCUGUUAUCCUAGAUCCAACAGCAGACAUGCAAUAUACAGAAUUUGUCUUAGUCCACACAAAGACAUGCCGUGUUCACUACAGUGAUGCCAAUGACCAGAGAGUUUCUGAUGACUAUGAUGUUACUCUGCUGGUCUCCCACAACGCGACACUCGAUGCCCAGUCCUCAGACCAGCAGCUGAAUGUCCUGCAUCUCAACUUCUAUGUCAUCUUAACCAGUAGACGAGAGAUGUAUCCAAAUCGUAUCCUUGAAAAGAAAAUGGGCAAAUUCCGCACAGUGUCAACAGCACCGUCACUUGGACACUGGAAGACUGCGACCUCUUCUCAACCAGAGAGCAGUAAUGAGAGCGGGUCAUGCACUCCCCCUGUAAUGUCCGGCCAGGUCUUCACGGAGGCGGGGGGCCAUCUCCAAGCUCCCCCGGGGAUGCAGCCUCCCCCACCUGCCCUGUCUUCCUCCACCCACACCUCCACCACCUCAAGUGAUCCGCCACCCCCUGUCAAGUCGUACAUAGGGAUCAGGCUGGAGAGUGUGAAUUACCUUGGCUACUACACAGUAUAUGAAGAGACAAUGCAGAAAACACUCCUGAAUCAAGCUGAAGAAGCGAGGACUCGUAUCCAGCAUAUCUUCAAUCAAGCAAAGAUACAUUGCAGACGUGACUCUUUGUGGCAGAGAUUGACAGCAAGUCUCCGAGAUGAAGAUAGGCAGAAGUUACCUAGCCAGGCUCUCGGUGGUUUGAGUUUUAGGGAGCUCAGCGAACUGUUGAGUUUAGUGCGAGUUGAGCCUUUGAGUUCAGUUGAUCCACAGUUACUGCCUCUUAUCACGAAGCCACUCCAGUGGUAUCAGACCUUGACUAGAGUGUUGCAAGCAAAGUACCAGGAAAGACACAGGAGUUUAACCUCAAGCGAUGGCAACGUUCAACACAACGUUAUCUUGAGUCCUUCGUGUCCAGAUGCCUUCAUGAUGCUCUCGGUUGACCUCUACAAGCAGAAAGCUGACUUGUGUUGCGUUAACAAGCAGCUGAAGGGGGAGAGCUCAGAGCCGAUUAUCCGAGACAACCGGAUACAAGUUCUCGUGCAAGAUUUCGUCAACGCUUGCUGUUUCCAUCUGUGGUGUGGAUUGUUAUAAUUAUCCUCCAGUCAUUAUUCGUUGUCAUUAUGUUGAAUGUGUUGUAUUUAUUCUGAGGGAUUAUGAGGUUGAUUUUAGUAUGGAUUAAUUGCUCUUAUUUUUUAUUUUUAUUAUUAUUUUUUUAUGAACAGUUGUGAAAUAAUAGGCUUAAUCUUGAUAGUGAUAGAGGUAGAAUUUUAUCAGAGAAUCUAUUUUUCUAUCAAUUUAAUUGUAAAAUUAUAAAGAAUUUUUUGUCUAGAUUUUUUUUUUUUUUUUUUUUUUUUUCUUGUAAAGCUUUUAGUUUUUCAUCGGGAUUCUCUUGCAUUACCUUGCAAACUUGUUGAUAUUUGCUUAUUCCAUUGAAUAUAUGUAAAGGUUAUAUUGAACAACUAGUCAGUGUAUAAUUGCAUUCUUAACUCAAAUCAUUGUCAGAUUACGAAAAUACUGAAUGGACAGUAUAGCAGCACUAUUUUCUUAUCUAUUUUAUGUUAAUCAGCAGUAUACAUAUGCAUUAUAUAUUUGUAUUUGUAUAUAAGCACAAUGAAAGCUGUUUACAGACAGCAUAGAAUUGUGUGGAAAAUAUUUGGUACGUAGAUGUAUUCUGUAAAAUUGUGUUUGUUAAAGGAAGUGUAUAUAAAAAGGAAAAUGUAAUAAAUUGCUCAUAUGUUACUCUUGUGUUAUAUAUAUUAAAUGUCUGGAAUGGUAAAAAGUACGGAAUUUAUAUAAUUGGAAAAUUAUGUGAAUUGGGUUAAAGGAAGAUCAGAAUAAAUGCUUGUGGGAUUUCACCUGUUCCAAGCAUAUGGUGUAUGCUUAUGGUACAUUAACUCUUCUCAUAGCUUGGUUAUAUUUUUUUUUCUUUCUUUCUUCCUUUUUUUUUUCUUUCCAGUAACAAUUUCAGUUCAUUGGUGUAUUUAUAGAAACAUUGUUUAUGGCAUGUUCUGUUCAGCCAACAAAGGUUUCAAAGCAGUGUUAUAAUGUUUAUAAAUAAACAUAGGUGCUAUUUCUUAUAUAUAUAUAUAUAUAUAUAUAUAUAUAUAUAUAUAUAUAUAUAUAUAUAUAUAUAUAUAUAAUAUGUGAGACAGACAGUCAGACAGAUGAGUGAGAGAAGGAGGGAGGACAGGGAAGUAGGGAGUGUAAACUAGCAUAUCUAGUACCAUCUGGCAUCUUUUCUCUAGCCUUACUGCCAUGAAGAACUGUACCCCCACAUCCCUAUGCUUCCUUCUACCAACCUGGGCAUUCUUCCAUGUGUCUAGGUGGCUUCUUGCCCCACCCUUUCUGCUACCCCCACUCUAAGGCUCAGAGACCAUUACAGCCACCUCACCUUUUGCUUUCCCCAAGGACUCCCCAGCCCCAUUUCCAGCUUGUACUCAUCACCUAGCAUGACUGAGCAAAAUCUAUUUUGUUCUUCUUUUUGUUAUAAAACUUGUAAAUAUUGCUUUGUGAAUCAUGAUAAAUAUGUGUUUUAUAUUGUUA